AUGGAAGCAGGCUUAGCAUUCGAAGUUUUUGAAGCCUUGAUGGCUGAUGACUCAAAUAAGGCGUGUGUUGAUUGUAAUAGCCCGAACCCAGACCAUGGCUCAGUAAACCAUGGUGUCUUCAUCUGCAAUCAAUGCGCGGUAUCUCAUCUAGAACUUAAAGGGGCAAGCAAAGUUAAAUCUCUAACUCUCCCCCUCUGUAAGCAAACUUAAAAAAUUGGUUCACUCAUGGAGGGGAUUAAUUUUUUUUAAAAUUUAAUAUUAAUUUUAUAGUAAUUUUUUUUUCAAAAUAUCCCAUUUGAAUUUUAAAGCAAAUAUUAAUUUAAUUUGUAAAAAUUAUGUUUUAAAAUGCAAGCUGAUUAAAAUUAACUAAAAUUAGCUAGGUAUUUCAUUAUAAUUAUUGUCACUUAUAUAUCAAAAUAUUUGUUUCAUAAUAAUCUUUAUAUUAAAAAAUUUUUUGUUUGCUCAUGGAGAUUGGCUUUUUACACCAAAAAAAAGGAAUUUUCCAAUGGUUUUGAUCGCUCAUGGAGGGGAAUAAGAGAUGAGCCUUGGAAUCCCGAAGAACUCAAAUUAAUGAUCGCAGGAGGUAACGCAGCCUUGCGAGAUUAUUUUAUGUACUACGGGUUUACAAAUGAAACCCCAAUAAAUUUAAAAUACCGAACAAGGUCUGCUACAUUUUACAGAGAUAUGCUAGAAAUAAUAUCCAAAGAAGUAAACUGUGAAUCAAAUUUUAUGCCUUUAGAGGAUGGAAUUCUUUUAGCUCAGGAUGAGCAAACCAAGCUUUAUGCACAUCCAAGACCUUCAAUUCUAGCUACAAAAGAAAACUCAAAAGAAGAAGUCGUGAGCUCGCAGCCAGAAAAAGGAUUUAAAGGGUGAAUAGUGAGGACUUUUAAUAAAACGAGGGAAGCUGGAAAUAGAGCAUUCAAGAGAAUUAAUGACUUUGGAAAUACUCCUAAAAUGAGGAAUCUAGAAUCCAAAUCACUUGGGCUUGUAAAUAAAGUAAAACACACUUUUAGACCAAUUACUGCUGAUAGCAGUAAAAUAGAGUUUAUGGAUAAAUAUAGUAGCAAUAUAGCAGUAAGGGCAGUUCAUACUUUUGAAAACAUUAAUUUGAGCCCAGAAUCUCAAAAGAUAAAGAGAGAAGCAAUGAAUUUAAUGAAUUGUAACUCUGAAAGCAGUUUGAAUCCUGCAAAAGAAGCUGCUCUGGCAGAAGUUUAUAUUGAAGAAAAUACUGAGAAUCAUUAA